UCAGCAUUCAAAUCAGCACUCCUCGGGCUGCCGAUUCUGGGUCCAAGUUGGUUUGGCACUGCUCAUCACCAGAAACAGCUUCUUUUGCUCCUCACAACGAGAAUGGUCAGAGCUAUAUCAGGUGCCCUAGUGCAAUGCGAUCCUUCCAUCACUGCCUUGGUGUUGAAGAUCGAUAAGGAAAACAACAAUUCCAUCAUCAUCGAGCAGUUGGACGACACACACUUGGUGGUCGACCCAAGUCGAGUAACCUACAUCAAAAGAGAACUCAACAACAAGUUGGCUGAAAAUAUCUACAGUGCCUUGGACGACGAAGCUGCUGCUGCCGCUGCUGCUGCUGAUAAAUAG